GGGUCUUGCUCUGCUGCCUAGGCUGGAGAGCAGUGCUGUGAUCAUGGGUCAUUGCAGCAUCAAUCCCCCCUGGCUCUAGCCAUUCUCUUGCCUCAGCCUCUUAAGUAGCUGGGGCUACAGGUACACAACUACCAUGCCUGGCUAUUUUUUAUUUUUUGUAGAGAUGGGGUCUUACUAUGUUGCUCAGGCUGGUCUCGAACUCUUGGGCUCAAGCAAUCCUCUGGCCUUGGCCUCCCAAAGCGCUGGGAUUACAGGUGUGAGCCACUGUGUCUGGGCUCGUGUCAUCAUUUCUGAUCUCUUGUAAUGGUUAUCAUGCUGCCAGUACCAGAACUAUAAUCUUGGACAAUGACCAGAGCUUGGGAUAUAAAUUCUUGUAAUAUCUUUUGGAGGUUUUUACUCUUACGCCCUUGUUACAAAAUGAAAUGCACAACUCCUUGGUCAAUCAUUGAAAGUUUAAAUUCUCCCCUCUUGAUGUCUUUGUCACUUGGUAACACUGGUAAUCUUGCAGCAUCAGAUCACUGUCCCACAGUCAUCUAUGCACUGUAACUUCAAAUAAUCAAGUUGUUGCAAGCAGUUACUCAUCUUAACAAUCUAGCUACCAGCCUGUAUGCCCUACCUUAUUUGUUGGCACAACCUUGGAAAGCCCCAAACGAGAUUUUUGUCAUUCUUUUUUAUUUCACCCCAACUUCAUCUUGCAGAUUUAAUGUCCUACAUACUUCUGAUCUUGUCUCUUCUCUAUCCUUAUGACCAACGCCCUCAUCCAUCGUUUCUUUUCUAUUUCAGGGGUCUGUUAAGUGCCGCUUGGUUUUAACUUUCUCAAAUCCAUCCUAAAAUAGAAAAUGAUUCCUUCCUGGCUUAGAAUCCUUCAAUUGCUCCCAAUUUCAACUUCUGACAUUAUGGUCCCAUCCUCUCCAAAGUCACCCCAAGUAGUCAUACUAAACUUCGGGUUCCUUAAACUAGAAAUUAUAUUCAUGUCUUGGCCCUCUGUUGUUUGUAUGUCCGAAAUCCCUUUCCACACAUUGUAGCCUGGAUAACCCGUACUUCCCUAACAUUUCCCCCACGCACAGGCAAGCUGAUCUUCUUCCGAUAUAUCUCUGCCCUAAAUCGUGUCAUUAUUUGCUUACAUCUGUUUCCCCUAAGAGACGGUGAAGUCUUUGAUGGCAAAGCUGUGGCUCAUUCCUUUUUUUUUUUUUAUCGCCAUCACUUGUUAGUGCUUGCUGAAUUAACAGAUGUAAGGAGUUAACUUCCUGAUGCACUAGCUCAAACAUAUUUAGAUUGUUACCUCACACACAGCUUUUUUUUUUUUUGAGACGGAGUCUCGCUUUGUCGCCCAGGCUGGAGUGCAGUGGCGCGAUCUCGGCUCACUGCAGCCUCCGCCUCCGGGGUUCAAGCAAUUCUCCUGCCUCAGCCUCUCAAGUAGCUGGGACUAGAGGCGCGCACCGCCACACCUGGCUAAUUUUUUGUACUUUUAGUAGAGACGGGGUUUCACUAUGUUGGCCAGGAUGGUCUUGAUUUCUUGACCUCGUGAUCCGCCUGCCUCGGCCUCCCAAAGUGCUGGGAUUACAGGCAUGAGCCACCAUGCCCGACAGCCUCACAGAUAUCUAUAUCCAUGUAUAAAUACAUAUAAAAGCUUUUGGCCAGGCGCAGUGACUCAAGCCUGUAAUCCCCAGCACUUCGGGAGGCCAAGGCGGGUGGAUCGCCUGAGGCCAGGAGUUCGAGACCAGCCUGGCCAACAUGGUGAAACCCGUCCCUACUAAAAAUAUAAAAAUUAGCCGGACGUGGUGGCGAGUGCCUGCAAUUCCAGCUACUCGGGAGGCUGAGGCAUGAGAAUCACUGGAACCCGGGAGGCAGAGGUUGCAGUGAGGUGAGAUCACGCCACUGCACUCCAGCCUGAGAGCAAGACCCUGUCUCAAAUAAAUAAAAGCCAACUUGUACACGGUGCUUACUGUAUGCCAGGAACACAUUAAUUCAUUAAACCCUCACAACUUUGAGACAGGCACAAAUAUUAUCUGUUUACUAAUGUGGAAUUAUCUACGGUUUACAGGUAAGGAAAACUGAGACCCACAGGUUGUGACUUGCUCAAGGUCAAGCUGGUGGAGCCAAGACAAGGUGCUGGCAGUGAGUCCUGCCCUAGAGUCUGACCCGAACCACAUUUAACCUCUAUGUGGUGUGUAGGUUAUUGCCAUGAGUAAGAAUCAGAAUGUUAACGCGCAUUCCAGGAAGGCAGGGACACCACUGAGUGUUACUGCUGUACUUUAGGGGCCAGAGCAGGGCAGGCUGGAUGCGCGGAGGAAACUCAUAGUUAGGUCAGAAGCCUGGCAAGACAAGGGAAUUUUCUGGUCGUCGUCCACCUCUCCAACCUCACAUCCUACUAGUCUUCCAAGAGGAUUCUAACUGCACAUGGCUCCCUAGUUUCCGCCUUCUCUUCCUAAGGAGGGUCUACGGCCCGUCUGCACCGCCCUCUCCCCGCAGUCCCGUUUUCCUGUCCAUGCUUGGACGGAUCCGGCCGAGCCGUCAGCUGCAGCUGCGCGCUGCUCCCCCGACUCGCACCCCCUCGGCGAAGCGCUGCAUUUUAUGUAAUUUUCUGCCGGGCUGCUGGCUUGUGGGGGUUGCGGCUGGGUCUCGGCAGCCUUCAGCGCCGCAGACGCUCCGGCAACGCCGGCAUACGAGGCCCCCACCCCAGGAGCGCGGGUCCGGGCGGCGUUCCCCUCUGCGGGAGGCGCGGCGAGCCAAUCCUCACUUUAAAGGCUUUCGUGUCCUCGAAGCGAAGGGUCUUCCGUUGGGGGGGCAAGACGCGCUGGCCCCAGACGACCGGUCCGUGAAAUGACCCUUCCGGGCGACCCGGAGCGGGCGACCUUGCCAAACCCGCGGCUCGGGGCCCCCGCGGUCCCGCGUAGAGGACCCACGCCCCACGGGGGGCGGCGGUGAAUCGCCCCCUCCCGUGGCCGCGCUUCCGCCCCCGGCACCCGCCCGCUGCUGGCCCGCCCGGUGUCGCGCUGCCGCCUCACAAAGCCCGGGCGGCCGCCUCAUCGCGCGCAGGGAUUCGAACCACGCGCCCUCCCCUCCCCCACUCGCCGCCGCAGCGCCCAGGUCCUUGCCGUCGCGUCACUUUCCCCUCAUCGAGUCCCCGGAGGCAGAAAGCAAAGCGAGGCUCGCCUCCCCGGGCGGGACGCGAGCUGCGGUCCUUCCUUGGCGCAACCCCCGCCCCCCGCGGAGGGACUACUUUUCGCCUCCUGCGGAGGCACUACUUCCUCCCCUGCGGAGGCGUCGGUCCAGGCGGCGCGCACGGCAUGGCGGCGGCGGCGGCGGCGGCGCGCGCCUGAGAAGAGGGGACGCCAGCCCGGUCAGGCCUCGGCGCGGCCUACACGCUCCGCUCGCUCGCUCUCUCCCUCCUCCCGCCCCGCGCCCGGCCAUGGCGGAGCCCUCGUCCGCCCGACGCCCGGUGCCUCUCAUCGAGUCGGAGCUGUACUUCCUCAUCGCCCGGUACCUAUCGGCGGGCCCGUGUCGGAGAGCGGCCCAGGUGCUGGUGCAGGAGCUGGAGCAGUACCAGUUGUUGCCGAAGAGAUUGGACUGGGAGGGCAACGAGCACAACAGGAGCUACGAGGAGUUGGUCUUGUCCAAUAAGCAUGUGGCUCCUGAUCAUCUGUUGCAAAUCUGCCAGCGCAUCGGUCCUAUGUUGGAUAAAGAAAUUCCACCCAGUAUUUCAAGAGUCACUUCUUUACUUGGUGCAGGAAGGCAGUCUUUGCUACGUACAGCAAAAGACUGCAGGCACACAGUUUGGAAGGGCUCUGCCUUUGCUGCUCUUCAUAGAGGAAGACCUCCUGAAAUGCCAGUGAAUUAUGGUUCCCCACCAAAUCUUGUGGAGAUACAUCGAGGAAAACAACUCACAGGGUGUUCCACUUUUAGUACAGCAUUUCCAGGAACUAUGUAUCAGCAUAUAAAAAUGCACAGAAGGAUUCUCGGACAUCUAUCUGCUGUUUACUGUGUAGCAUUUGAUAGGACAGGACAUAGAAUCUUUACAGGUUCAGAUGACUGUUUGGUAAAGAUUUGGUCAACACAUAAUGGCCGCUUGUUAUCUACAUUAAGAGGUCAUUCUGCAGAAAUUUCAGAUAUGGCAGUAAACUAUGAGAAUACAAUGAUUGCUGCGGGGAGCUGUGAUAAAAUUAUUAGAGUGUGGUGCUUGAGAACUUGUGCCCCAGUUGCUGUGCUCCAAGGACACACAGGAUCAAUUACAUCUUUACAGUUUAGCCCGAUGGCCAAAGGCUUUCAAAGAUAUAUGGUUUCCACUGGCGCUGAUGGGACAGUUUGCUUUUGGCAAUGGGAUUUAGAAUCCUUAAAAUUUAGCCCACGUCCCCUGAAGUUCACUGAAAAGCCUAGGCCAGGCGUUCAAAUGCUUUGUUCUUCUUUUAGUGUUGGUGGUAUGUUUUUAGCCACAGGUAGUACUGAUCAUGUAAUCAGAAUGUAUUUUUUGGGUUUUGAAGCACCCGAAAAAAUCGCAGAACUUGAAAGCCACACUGAUAAAGUAGAUAGUAUCCAAUUUUGUAACAAUGGUGAUCGGUUCCUAAGUGGUAGCAGAGAUGGAACAGCACGGAUUUGGAGAUUUGAGCAGUUAGAAUGGAGGAGCAUUUUAUUGGAUAUGGCUACCAGAAUCUCAGGGGACUUAUCUUCCGAAGAGGAAAGGUUUAUGAAACCUAAAGUAACAAUGAUAGCUUGGAAUCAAAAUGAUAGCAUUGUUGUCACAGCUGUGAAUGAUCAUGUCCUCAAAGUGUGGAAUUCUUACACUGGACAACUGCUUCAUAACUUAAUGGGACAUGCUGAUGAAGUAUUUGUUCUGGAGACACAUCCCUUUGAUUCCAGAAUUAUGUUAUCUGCAGGACACGAUGGCAGCAUAUUUAUAUGGGAUAUUACAAAAGGUACCAAGAUGAAACAUUAUUUUAAUAUGAUUGAAGGACAAGGACAUGGAGCUGUGUUUGACUGUAAGUUUUCACAGGAUGGACAGCAUUUUGCCUGUACAGAUUCUCAUGGGCACCUUCUGAUAUUUGGUUUUGGAUGCAGCAAACCAUAUGAAAAGAUUCCUGAUCAGAUGUUCUUCCAUACUGACUAUCGACCACUUAUUAGAGAUUCUAAUAAUUAUGUCUUAGAUGAGCAAACUCAGCAGGCUCCUCAUCUUAUGCCUCCACCAUUCUUGGUAGAUGUAGAUGGAAAUCCUCAUCCAACCAAGUAUCAGAGAUUAGUACCAGGCCGAGAAAAUUCUGCAGAUGAACAUUUGAUUCCACAGCUGGGCUAUGUGGCAACAAGUGAUGGAGAGGUGAUUGAACAAAUUAUAAGCCUGCAAACCAAUGAUAGUGAUGAACGCAGCCCAGAAUCGAGUAUUCUUGAUGGAAUGAUAAGACAGUUGCAGCAGCAGCAAGAUCAGAGAAUGGGAGCAGAUCAGGAUGCUAUUCCAAGAGGACUUUCAAAUGGUGAAGAAACACCCCGGAGAGGUUUUAGAAGGCUGAGCUUAGACAUUCAGUCCCCUCCAAAUAUUGGUCUGCGUCGUAGUGGACAAGUUGAAGGUGUUCGUCAGAUGCAUCAAAAUGCUCCACGCAGUCAGAUUGCUACAGAACGUGACCUGCAGGCUUGGAAACGAAGAGUGGUUGUACCAGAGGUACCACUAGGCAUAUUUAGGAAGCUGGAAGACUUCCGAUUAGAGAAAGGUGAAGAAGAAAGAAAUCUUUAUAUAAUAGGAAGAAAAAGAAAGACUCUUCAGCUCUCAUAUAAGUCGGAUUCAGUGGUUUUGGCAUCACAGUCUAGACAAAGGACAUGUAGGCGUAAAUAUCCAAAUUAUGGUAGAAGAAAUCGUAGCUGGCGUGAGUUAUCUUCUGGAAAUGAGUCUUCAAGCUCUGUAAGACAUGAGACUUCCUGUGAUCAAAGUGAAGGUUCUGGUUCUUCAGAAGAGGAUGAAUGGAGAAGUAACAGAAAAAGUGAAAGUUACAGCGAAAGUUCAAGUGACUCUUCAUCUAGAUAUUCCGAUUGGACAGCUGACGCAGGCAUCAAUUUGCAGCCUCCUUUAAGAACAUCAUGUCGUCGACGAAUUACUCGAUUUUGUAGUAGUUCAGAAGAUGAAAUGUCUACUGAGAAUUUAUCUCCUCCAAAAAGAAGACGAAAGAGAAAGAAAGAAAAUAAGCCUAAGAAGGAGAAUUUGCGGAGGAUGACUCCAGCAGAGCUUGCAAAUAUGGAGCAUUUGUAUGAAUUUCACCCUCCAGUUUGGAUUACUGACACCACACUUAGAAAAUCUCCUUUUGUUCCUCAAAUGGGUGAUGAGGUAAUAUAUUUUCGACAGGGUCAUGAAGCUUAUAUUGAGGCUGUAAGAAGAAAUAAUAUUUAUGAACUGAACCCUAAUAAGGAGCCAUGGAGAAAAAUGGAUCUUAGGGAUCAAGAAUUGGUUAAAAUAGUUGGAAUACGAUAUGAAGUUGGGCCCCCUACACUCUGUUGCCUCAAACUAGCAUUUAUAGAUCCAGCAACUGGAAAACUUACGGACAAAUCUUUCUCUAUUAGAUAUCAUGAUAUGCCAGAUGUUAUUGACUUUCUUGUAUUGCGUCAAUUUUAUGAUGAAGCAAGACAGAGGAAUUGGCAGUCUUGUGACAGAUUCCGCUCUAUUAUUGAUGAUGCUUGGUGGUUUGGAACAGUGUUAAGUCAAGAGCCAUAUCAACCACAGUAUCCUGAUAGUCAUUUCCAGUGUUAUGUUGUUAGGUGGGAUAAUACUGAAAUUGAAAAACUUAGCCCAUGGGACAUGGAACCAAUUCCUGAUAAUGUUGAUCCACCUGAAGAAUUAGGAGCUAGUAUUUCUGUCACAUCAGAUGAGCUAGAGAAAUUGCUCUAUAAACCACAAGCUGGUGAAUGGGGUCAGAAAUCAAGAGAUGAAGAAUGUGAUAGAAUUAUCAGUGGUAUAGAUCAACUUUUGAAUCUUGAUAUAGCAGCAGCUUUUGCAGGCCCUGUUGAUCUGUGUACAUACCCGAAGUACUGUACUGUAGUAGCUUAUCCAACUGAUCUUUACACAAUUCGAAUGAGACUUGUUAAUCGAUUUUACAGGAGGCUGUCUGCGUUAGUUUGGGAAGUCAGAUAUAUAGAACAUAAUGCCAGAACAUUUAACGAACCUGAGAGUGUAAUUGCAAGAUCAGCUAAAAAGAUAACUGACCAACUUUUAAAAUUUAUCAAGAAUCAACACUGUACAAAUAUCUCAGAACUUUCUAACACAUCUGAAAAUGAUGAACAAAAUGCUGAGGAUUUGGAUGAUAGUGAUCUUCCUAAAACAUCUUCUGGAAGAAGGAGAGUCCAUGAUGGGAAAAAAAGCAUCAGAGCUACGAACUAUGUUGAAAGCAACUGGAAGAAACAGUGUAAGGAACUAGUGAACUUAAUUUUUCAGUGUGAAGAUUCUGAACCAUUUAGACAACCUGUUGAUUUGGUUGAAUAUCCAGACUACAGAGAUAUUAUAGAUACCCCAAUGGAUUUUGGAACAGUAAGGGAAACUCUAGAUGCGGGAAAUUAUGACAGCCCUUUGGAGUUUUGCAAAGACAUCCGGUUGAUAUUUAGCAAUGCAAAAGCAUAUACACCAAACAAAAGAUCAAAGAUUUAUAGUAUGACCUUGAGAUUAUCUGCCUUAUUUGAAGAAAAAAUGAAGAAAAUCUCUUCUGAUUUUAAAAUUGGUCAAAAAUUCAAUGAAAAACUUCGAAGAAGCCAGAGGUUCAAGCAACGGCAAAAUUGUAAAGGUGACAGUCAGCCUAACAAAAGUAUCAGAAACCUCAAGCAGAAGAGGUUAAAAUCUCAGACAAAAAUAAUUCCUGAGCUGGUAGGUUCUCCUACCCAGUCUACCUCAAGUAGGACAGCUUAUCUUGGAACCCACAAGACAAGUGCUGGUGUCUCUUCAGGUGUUACUUCUGGUGACUCUUCAGAUUCAGCAGAAUCAUCAGAAAGGAGGAGAAGAAAUAGACCUGUAACAAAUGGUUCUACAUUAUCUGAAAGUGAAAUGGAAGAUUCUUUAGCUACCUCUUUGUCAUCAUCAGCUUCCAGUAGUUCUGAGGAAAGCAAAGAGAGUUCCAGAGCUCGUGAAUCCUCCUCACGCAGUGGGCUAUCCAGAAGCAGCAAUCUCAGGGUAACCAGAACUAGAGCUGCUCAAAGAAAAACUGGUCCUGUUUCAUUAGAAAAUGGAUGUGGCAGAAAAGCCACUCGAAAGAGAAUCUAUUUAAGUGAUUCUGAUAACAAUUCAUUGGAGACUGGUGAAAUUCUAAAAGCCAGAGCUGGAAAUAACCGAAAAGUCUUACGGAAGUGUGCUGCUGUGGCUGCCAAUAAAAUAAAGCUAAUGAGUGAUGUAGAAGAGAAUUCUAGCUCUGAAAGUGUCUGUUCUGGUCGGAAGCUGCCUCACCGCAAUGCUUCUGCUGUAGCUAGAAAAAAGUUAUUACAUAAUUCUGAAGAUGAACAGAGCUUAAAGUCAGAAAUUGAAGAAGAGGAGCUAAAAGAUGAAAAACAACAAUUACCAGUGUCCCGUUCUCACGCUGCCCAGAGUAAUGUUGAUGAAUCUGAAAACAGAGAUUCAGAGUCAGAAAGUGAUUUGCGGGUAGCCCGGAAAAAUUGGCAUGCUAAUGGUUACAAGUCCCAUACUCCAGCACCUUCAAAAACAAAAUUUCUUAAAAUAGAGUCUUCCUCAGAAGACUCUAAAAGUCAUGAUUCAGAUCAUGCAUGUAACAGAACUGCUGGCCCAUCAACGUCUGUGCAGAAACUUAAGGCAGAGAGCAUCUCAGAGGAAGCAGAUUCUGAACCAGGAAGAUCUGGUGGUAGGAAAUACAAUACAUUUCACAAGAAUGCGAGUUUCUUUAAAAAAGCAAAGAUUUUGAGUGACUCAGAAGACUCUGAAUCUGAAGAGCAAGAUAGAGAAGAUGGGAAAUGUCAUAAUAUGGAAAUGAACCCAAUUUCAGGAAAUCUGAACUGUGACCCUAUUGCUAUGUCUCAGUGUUCCUCAGAUCAUGGUUGUGAAACUGAUUUAGAUUCAGAUGAUGACAAAAUAGAAAAACCAAACAAUUUUAUGAAAGAUUCUACAUCACAAGACAAUGGACAAAGCAGAAAUAUUUCCAGGAAAAGGGUCUGUUCCAGUGACUCAGACAGUAGUUUACAGGUGGUUAAGAAAUCAUCAAAAGCCAGAACAGGUCUCCUGAGGAUUACUCGAAGAUGUGCAGCUACGGCUGCCAAUAAGAUCAAGCUCAUGAGUGAUGUAGAAGACGUCAGUUUAGAAAAUGUGCACACUAGAAGCAAAAAUGGAAGGAAAAAACCUCUCCAUCUUGCUUGUACUACAGCUAAGAAGAAAUUGAGUGAUUGUGAAGGAAGUGUACAUUGUGAAGUACCAAGUGAACAGUAUGCCUGUGAAGGCAAGCCACCUGAUCCUGACUCCGAAGGUAGUACAAAAGUGCUUAGUCAGGCUCUAAAUGGAGACUCAGACUCUGAAGAUAUGUUGAAUUCAGAACACAAGCACAGGCAUACCAAUAUUCACAAAAUAGAUGCACCUUCCAAAAGAAAAAGUUCCUCUGUUACAUCUUCAGGAGAAGAUUCAGAAAGUCAUAUUCCAGGGAGUGAGACUGAUAGGACAUUUUCUUCAGAGUCAACCUUGGCACAAAAAGCUACUGCAGAGAAUAAUUUUGAAGUGGAACUGAAUUAUGGGCUGCGCAGGUGGAAUGGCAGAAGACUCAGGACCUAUGGAAAGGCUCCUUUUAGUAAGACAAAAGUGAUUCAUGAUUCACAGGAAACAGCAGAGAAGGAAGUAAAAAGGAAGAGAUCGCAUCCUGAAUUGGAAAAUGUGAAAAUCUCUGAAACAACUGGGAAUUCAAAGUUUAGACCUGAUACUAGUUCCAAAUCAUCAGAUUUGGGAUCUGUAACUGAAUCAGAUAUUGACUGUACUGAUAAUACAAAAACCAAAAGGAGGAAAACGAAAGGAAAAGCAAAAGUAGUUAGAAAAGAAUUUGUUCCUAGAGACAGAGAACCCAAUACAAAAGUGAGAACAUGUAUGCAUAAUCAGAAGGAUGCAGUGCAGAUGCCUAGUGAAACUCUGAAAGCAAAAAUGGUACCUGAGAAAGUUCCCCGCAGAUGUGCUACUGUUGCUGCAAAUAAAAUAAAGAUAAUGAGUAAUCUAAAAGAAACGAUCUCAGGACCAGAAAAUGUCUGGAUUAGGAAGAGUAGCAGAAAACUGCCCCAUCGAAAUGCUUCUGCUGCGGCUAAGAAAAAAUUACUGAAUGUUUAUAAAGAGGAUGAUACAACCAUAAAUUCUGAAAGUGAAAAAGAGCUAGAAGAUAUUAAUAGAAAAAUGUUUUUUUUAAGGGGGUUCAGAUCCUGGAAAGAAAAUUCACAAUAGUGACUAUGAGAAUGUAGAAGUGGUAUCUGAAAACAAUUGGUACACAAGUAAACUGGCAGUUACAUUCUGCUCCCAGCUCUAAAAUUACUCCCUUAUUGGCAUCUUUGGAGGAAUUUUCUAAAAGCCAUAAUCCAGUGGGUUCCUCCCAGUCAGCUCUUGUACAGACACGUGCUCUAGGGAAUUCUGAGGAGGAAAUAGAUUGCGGAGUCUGUAGGUGGAGAGGUGGAAAGAAAAGACAAAUGGCCUGCUGUAAGACUACUAUUCCUUUCCAGAAUGGAAGGCCUUAAAGACAUGAUUCCUUAGAGGAAGAAUAUAAUGGGAAGUGUACAGGCUAGGAAGAACUUGGAGUGAACAAAUUUCAAAAUCUUAACCUGAUGAUAAUUUUCAGGGUUCUCCAUUACAGUGUAAAAAUUCAGACCAUGACAACUAUGGUGUCAUGAGGAAAAAAAAUCAGGCACUUUUCCAAAGGAAGUGCUAAUGGGCCUAUUUGACUUCUGAGUGAAGCAAAAACUCUACCCAGAUCCAGUCCCUACAAUUCACAUCCCCAAAGGUCAAAAACAAACUAGGAGGACCUGGGAAUUUUAGCUGGAGAUACUGAUUAUUGAGUUCUGAAGUAGAGUGUUGGAAAUAGGCAAUUAGAGAAAGUCCAUUGAUGUCAUUUUGUUGAUAAUAUUGCAGUUCAUACUGAAUGACCACUUGAUAUGACUAAUUCAGGGAAUAUAUAUUUUUCUAUGAAAGCUAUGAAUGUUACUAUCACGGCUUUUCCUUAUUUUUACUUUUAUGUAGCAGCAUUUACAGAAAUGCCAAAAAUGUGCCUCAUUAAGAGGCAGGUCUUAGAUAAAAAUAAAAUGUAUAGCUUAAGAUCAAAACAGUCAUAUUUUUAGAUACAGUGAAAUCUUUUCUCUACAGCACCUUGAAUACUUUGAGUAAACUUAUUACAAUCUCAUCCCAACAAACUUUAAUGGUAGCAUGUUUGGCCUAUUUCAUUGUGGCCUCCGCUAGGAUUAGAAAAUUUGGUCGUGGUAUAACAAAGAAGUGUAUUUACAAUAGGAUUUAAUUUGCUGUUAAUAUGUAUUUGUUGAAAUUAAAAUUGCCAGAUUAAAUGAAUGUACUGUCACAUCUUUUUAACAUAGUAACGUGUUAUUGGAAAAAUUAAGUUGUUGAAAGUAAGUUGUUUUCCCAUUUAAAAAUAUCUGAAUAUAUGAUUUGCACGUGUAAAUCUGAAAAACUAAACUAAGAAACCUAGGGUUUUCUAUUUCUUUUUUAAGUCAAAUGCAUUUUUUUUGUUAUACAGAUGAACCAAGUGUCUAAAAUACUUGAGAAAUUUGUGGUUGCAUGUCUGUUUUAAAAAAAGGCUUUUUGUUUUUUAGCAUAAGCCAGAAUAUUCUAACCUACUAAGUCUGUGUCCUUUGCUCCUUUUGUAGUAUACUUUCGUCUAAAUUACUGAUCCCCGUGUAUGUUGAUACACAGGUGAGAAAGGGAAGAAUUCCUAAUAAACUGCUAUUACUUUUAGGUGCAUGGGGUUUGAUUUUUGAGCUCUAAUGAAAUGCUUAAACUUCUUUCCAGUUCAAAUUUUACACUUAAUUUAUAAUAUUGAGUAUAUUAUGUCCUCAACAAGUAACUAUAAAAUGAAAUUCUUAACUCUCGGUGAAGACUAUUUUAUGCAAAGUUUUUUUUUUUUUUUUAGCAAUUUCAGUGUAAUGAAAGAAUUUAAGCUUUGAAUUUAUAAUUUGCUGUGGUGGGGUUAAUUUGUCAGUAUUUGAGAUUGUAUUAUCAGUCUUGCAUAAUGAAUCCUUUUUUGGCUAAGUAUUUAAUUCGAACAUAUUUGCCUUUUUAAAAAGUGCUUGGCCUAAACUUACUGUAACUGCAUGAAAUAAGCAUUUACUUAAAACUUAACAUUGUAAAAUUGUUCUCUCUGAAAUGUGUGCAGAAUUUAAAUCAUGGCCAAAUGUAUUACUAUUACCCUAUUUACAGUAAUUUGCUUUGCAGAAAAUAUUUCUUCAUCAUGCAACUGUGAAAUCAAAUUGAAGAUCUUACUGGUAAAAAUGACAAAUUAACAAAAGGACUAAGACAAGUGGUGCCCAAACAACCUUUUUAUUCUGCAGUUCCAUCAUUAUAAUAGACCAGUUAACCCAA